GUCUUCAGUGCACCGAAGAACAGCUGGCCUUCGUCGAAGGCCAUCGCCUGCGUCAGAUGCUGCGCGGCGUCAACGCCAUCGGGGCCUCCGAGCCUGUAGCUUUGGCCUUCGAAAAUCUCUACGAAGAUCUAGCUCCGGUGCGCUUCGCCUGCGACGUCUUGUUCUGGCGCUUGGAGCGGCCGCUGGUGGACGCUGCGAAGCACAGCUCGGCGCUGCUGCCGUUGGAACCGGAGACGGAUCCCAAAGACUUGGCGGCGGCGCGGGAACUCUUCGAGAUCUUGGACCAAGAUGGGAGUGGGACGUUAGAUAGGGACGAGCUUUUGUCCCAUGCCUUGCUGCGGUCCUUGGGACAUUGUGACGGUUGCACCUGUGAAGGUAUCCACAACUGCCGUUCCGUCGAUCGAUUCAUGCAAGAACUGGAUUCCGACGGCGAUGGUUCAAUCACCUUUCUUGAGUUCAUGUUGUCUGCUUCGCGAGUGCUUUUCGGUGGUCGCAGCAUGGCGGAGGCUGGGCCAGAUGUGAUCGAAGCCUUGUUAAUAGAGAGGGGGCAGAAAGAGACAGCCAAAGAUUUGGAGAGGAGAUUUCAAGACAUUCUCAGCACCGUCCGAAGUUGGGAGGACACCGAGGUCAGUAAGAAGGUCCUGCAGGAGAAUUCCUCCAGGUCUCGAGUUCUCGCUGGCCUGUUAGCUGGUGCGAAAAUUCCCGACUUGGCCACUGCUUUGCAGGUGAUGUAUGUCGAUUAUUUUCCACUUCGCGUCGGCGGUGAUCUCAUCUUCAAGAUCGCCAAGAAACACAUGAGCGACAGAGUGGACACCAACCGGAUUUUCCAAAACCGGAUGAACGCAGCGAUGCUGCCCACGCUGGCGCAGCGCUUCAGCCGUCUGAGCAAAGCGCAGCGUUGGGCCGAGGCGCUGCAGAUCUUUGCGGAGCUGCAGCGGGCGGAGCCGCGCCAGGAGAGGCUGCAAUGGGCCCGCAGCAGUUUGAUCACUGCUUGCGGCAAUGCCAAGCAAUGGCCCCUCUCCCUGCAGUUGCUCUCCGACGCCAGCCCCGAUGCGGACGAGGGCUGCCGUAGCGCUGCCAUCGCGGCGUGCGCCAAGGGCAUGCAGUGGGAGAAGGCGCUGAUGGUCUUCUCUGAUUCUCCAGAAGUCAGCACGGUGUCAUACAACGCAACGAUCUCCGCCUGCAGCCGCUGUACGCAGUGGCCGGCAGCUUUGCAACUCUUUGAGGAAGCACAGGCAGCGGGCAAGGCGGAUCGUUUGACUUUCAACGCCACCAUGGCGAGUUGUGGCAAGGGACAGCAAUGGCAGCAGGCGUCUCAGAUUUUCGCAGAGAUGCAGCACAGCUGGGCGCCGGACAAGGUCUCCUACGGCUCGCUGGUGGUGGCCUGUGAGAAAGCGAGUGAAUGGGCCAAGGCUCUCCAGCUAUUUGGUCAAAUGAAGAAAUCGCACGUUGACGCCAUCACCUGUGCCACGCUGAUCAGCGCCUGCGAACGUGGACGCCGAUGGGAAGAGGCGCUGUUUUUUUUGCGCAUCAUGCUGCGCGAUGGGAUGCAGCCAACACAAGUGGUACACGGUGUGGUCAUUGGCGCCUGCAUCAAAAGCCAGCAACUCAAAGAAGGUCUGUCUUUGUACCACUCGAUGCUACAUGACAAGGUAACUCCUCAUGAGAUUACAAGCAGUAGUUUGGUAGUUGCCUUGUCCGGUCAAUGGCAAUGGCAAGAAGCUUUGCGCUUGGCGUUGCAGAGCUCAUUGACUCCGGCUGCCUUGAUCGCCAGCGUCACGGCGGCAGAGAUCCUGACAAUGUGGCAAGAUGCCAUUUGGUUGGUGGAUCGAUUUCGAAGCUCUUCGACCAGUCCACCUCUCUUGGCCCUAACCGCCGCCGCCUCCUGUGCCACUUCGUCGCACAGCGACAAGCUGCUGAAGGAGGUGGACGCCGAGCUGCGCCGCUCGGAGAUCUUGGUGGAGCACAACCAAGCCAUCACGGCGGCGGAGCGGAGCAGGUGGAGCUCUGGUUGGUGA